AAGCAAAACAAGCAAUAAUGGGAGGUGGAGAAGAAGUGAUUGACAACAAGCAAGUGAUAUUGAAGGAACUCGUUAAUGGAGCUCCGAAAGAAUCUGACAUGGCGGUGAAGACAAGUUCUAUAUCUUUGAAAGUAGAAGAAGGCUCAAAGGGUCUUGUUGUGAAGAAUCUUUACUUGUCUGUUGAACCUUACGUGAAACUCCGCAUGAAGAAGUUUGAACAUCCCGAUUUCUCUUCCUUCACGCCUGGCUCUGCAAUGGAUGGGUUUGGAGUGGCAAAAGUUAUGGAUUCAGGGCAUCCAGAAUUUCAGAAAGGGGAUCUUGCUUGGGGAAUAGUUGGAUGGGAAGAAUACAGUGUGAUUAAGAAUCCUGAAAGCUUCUUCAAAAUCCAUCAUGCUGAUGUUCCCUUGUCCUACUAUACAGGAAUUCUGGGUAUGCCUCGAAUGACUGCUUGGGUCGGUCUCCAUAAAGUAGCUGCUCCUAAGAAAGGAGAAUAUGUCUACAUUUCAGGAGCAUCAGGCGCUGUUGGCCAGCUUGUUGGGCAAUUUGCGAAGUUAUUGGGCUGCUACGUUGUUGGCAGUGCCGGAAGUAAAGAAAAGGUUGAAAUUUUGAAGAACAAGUUGGGAUUUGAUGAUGCUUUCAACUAUAAGGAGGAGAAAGACUUGGAUGCAGCUUUGAAAAGGUGCUUUCCUGAAGGCAUUGACAUUUACUUCGAAAACGUAGGGGGAAAAAUGCUCGAUGCAGUGCUUCUAAACAUGAGACUGAAUGGUCGAAUCGCGGCGUGUGGAAUGAGUGCAGAGCACAAUCUUGAAGAGCCUGAAGGGGUACAGAAUUUGAGGAUAAUUAUUCAUAAGCGGAUUCGUAUGCAAGGAUUCGUAGUCUUCGAUUAUUUUCCUCAAUACUCAGAGUUUUUAGAUGAUGUGCUGCCUAAGAUCCGAGAAGGGAAAAUUGUUUAUCUUGAACACAUUACUGAAGGUCUCGAAAAUGCUCCUGCUGCUCUUGCAGGUUCGGAAAAUGUUUGGAAACAAGUAGUUUCAGUUUCUAGGGAGUAAAAUAAUUCAAGCCUUUUUUUAAUUGUAUUUUUUUUCCACUCUGUGUAUUACAUCC